UAAAUUGAACCCAUUUGACUCUAUUCAUUGAUAAGUAAAUGUACUAUAUUGCCGUAAAGAUGUCUUCCUCAAAAAGCUACAUUCAAUACCUUGCUGCAGUUUUACUGAUCUCGGUGUGCUUGUUUGAACAAGCAUCGGCGAGAAUAUGUUAUUCUUGUGACUCCGAUAAAGACUACGACUGUAUUUCUCGUCCUAACCAAGAUAAGUUUGCCGUAGUAUGCACAGCGUACACAGCCAACGCCAAAACUUCCGAACUUUCGGACUCCAAUACUGAAGAACUGAUCGGAUCAAGAGCAGUUGUGCAAGAUUGCGCCACUGCUAUUGGAAUUUCGACUAUUGAUGGCAGUCCUAGAACUGUGAGAGGAUGUUCUAUACCGUCAGUGACAUGCGCUACUUAUCAAAUAAUCUACGCAGCAAAAUUCAAUCUUCAGGUUAACAAAUGUCUUCGUUGCAAUAGUGAUGCUUGCAAUUUCAGGAAUUAUUAAUUUGUAAAUAAAUGAGAUCUGGAACUUCAUGUUUAAGCAAUUUAUCAAAUUUUCAUUUAAUAAAAAAACUUUGCAAAAUGUCAAAA